UCUCUUGCUCACAAACAUCUCUUGCGCUCCCAGCUGUUUGGUGAGGCGCAGUCCUGCACAUGGUCCGCUCAACGAACCAGUUGACGUUGGAUGCAUGAAACACGAUCGGAAUAUCCUCGUUAAUUAAAAAGUGCUUACCGAAAAUGGAAAAAAAGAAACCGAGGUUGGAAUGAGCAAGAACAAUAGAAGCGCUGCGUAACGGAGACGGCACGGCUGCAAAGACGAGAGCUUGGUGCGUCUUGGCACCGAGGGAUGCACCAAACUUUACGGACGAGCUGAGCAUCGAUUUAGGACAAAAUAUAUCGUCACAGUGCAAAGCCCUAGCAUGUUCCUGUGGACUGUUUUCUAUAAUAUACACCUGUAAUUAUCAACUUAAGAUCCAGAAUAAGGUGUGGUAAGCGUCAGUGUUGCGCUCAUUUCGCUAGCAAAAAGCCGCGCCAAUGCUGGAAUGGCUCGUGGCUCUGUGCGUUGUGAUCCUGGUGGUCUUAAUCUGGCCAGGCUCCAAAUAUUUUGGCACCGAGAGCAAGUCGGAUGCCUUGCUUCGGGGACUGGGGAUCUCGCAACAGGCGACCAAGGACUGCGAUGGGAGAGCACGCGCCGUGGCACUGGUAUGCAAACCGUCCGCGCUGGCCAACUAUCUCCUGAAACACUGCAGGACUUUCAGUAAUUACUCGCCGUGCGUCGGCUGUACGUGGCGGGCCAGCGCCUUCCUCCAGAGUGUGUACGAGGCGUGCUGGCCGUACGACAGCCCGGUCCAGUUUGUGCGGGACAACCUGCAGCUGAGCGACGAGGGGCUGGUGUCCCUGGACUGGGCAGUGCCGUCCUACCAGAGGCGACGCAGGACUUCCAGUCACUCCACCAGUCCCGUUCUGCUCAUCAUCCCAAACUCUUUUGGGAAGUUCACUAGAAAUGUGUUAAAGUUGUGUGAGACGGCACUGUCCCAUGGCUACCUUCCGGCAGUUUUCAACCGUCGCAGCCACAACAGCACCCCACUCACCACCCUCAAGCUGCAGCAGUUUGGGGACCCCGCAGAUCUGCGGGAGGCCGUGCGCUAUAUUCGCCACAGACAGCCUGCAGGAAGACUGUAUGCAGUCAGCGAGAGCACAGGCUCGGGCCUCCUCCUCUCUUACCUCGGGGAGUGUGGAUCAUCCAGCUACAUGACUGCUGCCGUCUGCCUGUCACCUGUGUUCCGCUGUCAGAGCUGGUUUGAGAACGGGCUGUGCUGGCCUCUGCAGUGGGCGUUGGUGCUCUACCAGAAGAUCUGUCUCAGCAGGUACAAGACGGUGCUGGGUGAGAGCAUACAGACUGACACCCUGUUUGCUAGCUGUUCCUUACGUGGCCUGGAAGAGGCGUUGUUCUGUCAGAGUGGACAGGAGGGGGCAGCACCAGCAGCACAAACAGGGACCAGCAGUAUCUGCAAUACUUCAGGUACCUGGGAUGCUUACUGGGAACGCAAUGAACCCUUGAGAGACGUGGAUGAAGUGGCUAUUCCUGUUCUGAGCGUGUGCGCUCAGGACGACCCAGUCCGCGGCGACGCCCAAUCCACGGUGCCCUUGGAACUCUUUGAGACAAACCCACAUUUUUUCCUCCUCCUAACUGACCGUGGAAGUCACUGUGGUUUCUCCACCCAGCCCAAGGAGAACGCUGCUGGUGCAUUUGGUGCAGCGAGUCCUGCGGCUGCACCGAACAGUGGGAUGGAGAGCCGUUGGACCAACUGGAGCCACAGAGCUCUGCUAGAAUUCUUCAGGGCGACCACAGACUUCUUUGCUGCAGAAGAGAGGGCAAAGCAGCUCGCUGCCAGGAGGAGGGGGCUGGGUGGAGGAGCGGGAGGGAGGGCUUUCCGCCACCGCAGCGUCAGUACAUGUAAACGAGUGCCAGCGUGUUCCCAUAAUAUCCAUGCCAUUUACAACUGGCAGAGGUCCUAUACACGAUGAGUGAGCUUAAUGGAAGUUAAUGGACUUCACUGAUGCCUUCUGAUAUGGUUUAGAUUUGGGAUGUGAAGGACUUGGGUCACUCUGCAACUAAGCGUUAAGAUAUCCCAAACUAUAAAAGUGCCGAUGUUGUGAAGUACUGAGGUCAUGGAGUGUGUGUCCUUCUCACACACUUGAUGUUAGCCGUAAAACACACAGACCACGACAGGCCACAAGCUACAUGCAGUUGUUAUGUUUAACUGCUGAACAGUUGUCACUAAACUGUUAAGACGUGCGGCUAUAUAUUUUUCUACAGACUGAUACAAAUCUCUUCACUGCCAGCCUGGUAUUCAGUCACACAUACAUUUAUUGAUUCAUCAAUUCAUCCGCCUCACACUUUACACCGUUUACACAGGAUUUUUGAAACCCUGACAUUUACUGUAGUAUCUUAAAGUUAUUAUUUGUAGCACUGAAAGGAUAUUAAUUGGAGCGCAAAAGUGUUGAAAGUCUUGUGCAUAGAGUAAAAAGGUGAAGGAAAAAUCCUGUAAAAGUCUUAAAUGAAUUUGAACAUGUCAGAUGAGUUUAAAGAACUAAUCCAGUGGUAUGUUACACAUUAAAAAGAGUUUACUGUUCAUAUUAUUGAAAUUUCUUUUCUGUAUUGGGAAAUGUCCUUUGAUGCCCAGAAUAGAGGAACUUAUGUGUGACUGGCACCCAGUUAACUUUUAAGAGGAAAAUCUUUGUCAUGAGGUUGUGAUAUUUUCAUGAGCCGAGUGGCUGGAAGCGCUUUGUGAGUUUUCCUGUCUCAUCGCUCGGGUUUCCCCCGGUCUCUCAGAAUCUGAAGAGUAUGGAGCUGUGAUGGUGGGUUGUUUCGCACGAAGAUAUAGCUUCUAAGACUUUGCAGCAUAAGGAUGUUUGGAACACUUCUCAAGUCCCUGUAAAUGGUGCUAUUUAGGUUCAUUUUACUGCAUUAAGCUAAUAAUUAUACAAAUUAAAAAAAUGCAAAGUAUUAAAUAUUGCAUUGAAAGUGUUUUGAGAAGAAACGCUUCAGAUAGCAGCUCAGCAGUUAAUAAGCAAGCCAAGAUUCAGAGUAGUAGAAAGCAUAAGGACAUAAAAUUACCAAGUACUGUUUGUCAACUGACUUUUGUCUUCUGUUGUGUUUUAAACAUGCAUUAUGCCAGUUAAAAUAUAAUAAAUGAACCAAAAUGACAAACUUGGGACUUACAGUUUGCAAUAUGCCCUGAAAAAUAGCAUUUAUCUUUCCCCUGCAGGUAAGUCAAUUUAUAAUUAACACCAGCAUGAUGCAUAAUAUAUCCUGUUAUCCAUUUCCCAUUAUUUUGGCUCGAUAGUGUAGUUGGGAUCUGGGGUCUUGUCAAAACUCCACUGAGUAAAUGCUAACAGAC